AUGCACCAAUUCUUCGACGAGUACAUGACCGGCAGUGAGCCAGGGUGCACUGGGCACGAUGUAGACGGAUCGUGGGAGUUUGGGUGGAGUGCUGAUGAGGGAUGCCUUGAACACACUGUUGCGAUGGCGCAAAAGUACAACAAGAAAUUGUGGCUCACCGAAGUAGCCUCUUAUACAAGCGCGGAUCCAGGGAGCAGCGAGUGGGAAUCGUGCGAUUCGAAAAUGGGUAGUUUUUUGGAUAGGAUGGCCCUUUCUGGCGUCUUUCUGGGAUACCAGGUGAUGCAACUCGGAUGCGAGACGUGCGGCAAUUUCCACGAGGAUCAGUGGUCGAAGAAACCAUACAAUCUCGAUUGGUACAAUUUCGAGAAGUAUGGGAUCACCACGACGGUGACGACCAGCACCUCGACGACUAGCACGUUGACGACGAGCACGUCAACCACGACAAGUGCCACUUCCAGCACCAGCACGGUGACAACGAGUACAUCGACAACAGGCACAGUGACCAUGAUCACAUCGACAGCGCCGGCGCCAGUCAUCGACAACGCCAAGACCAUCUUACCCAGCGUGGGCUUGGCGUCUGCUGCAGCUCUGUUGCAUAACGUGUUUUGCUAG